CUGUUAUUUCCACAACAGUAGACAGCAUGGAUCUGGGAUGUCGCCAAACACUGUUAAGAGUUUUAUAGACUUUCAGUUUUGCGAUUGAUCUUUCUACAAUUGAUCUGUGUGAUGAUAUAAUUCUGUUGUAUUUUCUGUAUUUUCGUCUAACCUGUGGUGUUUCUCUAUUUAUUUGCUGCGAAGUGAACGGAGUUACAAUGGGGUAACGGUUUGGGUAUAUUUUAUCGGCAAGUAAAACGCACUCCUCGGGAAAGGGAAGUUCUCUUCCUGCAAUAUUUGGUAGAAGGGCGUACUGCUGGGCAUCAUUUUGAUGACCUGGAAAUCCACAUUUAAUAUACCGUAUUUUACCCAAAUUGUCAACUAUAAUCUGUGCAUGAAAUGCAUGAAAAUGUCUAUAACCUGAAUAAUAAAGUUCUUGGGGCUCUGUCUUCGGCCUGUAUAUUUCAAAAGAUGUUCCAUCUAUUGCACCUACUGCAGAUGGCAAUUUUUGCCAAACAUUCAGCAUUUGUCUCCAUUCGUUUACAGUUGGCCAAGAUACAAAUUGAUAACAAUAUACAUGAAAUAGCUCGAUAAGAGAUGAUAGCUCCUCUUUCACCGUUGUUACGCUAAUGUUAAAUAAAGAUGAUAGCAUAUGAUAUGUAGGGUAACAUCUCAACCAAAUCAAAAAGAGCAGUGCUCUGUUGUUUGGCGUAAGCAGGUGACGUGCUGGGAUUGCAUCUCCCUGAAAUUCAAAUACAUUACGAACAAUAUCAACGAACGAAUCAGGACUUUCGCCAGUUAUUUCAUAAAAUGAAUACACGUGUGUACAAAACAAUUUAAAAACAUCUCUUCCACUCCAAAGCACAGGUUCCGAUGCACACAGACGGUGACGCGCAUCUAGAAGCGGAUCAGGUGGUGGGAUCAACAUUGAAAUUAGUAUGGGGAUAAAUUUCUUCAGUAGUCUAGCAAUAUCAGGCGGGGGCAAUGUAAGCGCCGGAACGGCAGCCAUGACAGUUUCCCUUGUCUCUUCCAUGACUUCUAUUAAAAUAGAAGAAAACACUUUAUUAAAAAGAAAUAAAAUUAAAAUUUGAUUAACCGAGGCAGAUAUUCAUAAAGAGAGAUUUAACACAUCGAAACAUGAUCGUUAUUUGGAAAAUUUGUCCACCAUACUCUCGACCCAAUGAAUUGUGACGAACCCUCACAUGGCCAUUUUCAUUGUCAUUCUAAAGCGUGUAGAGCAUGGCAACAGACAUGGACAGUUUACCAGAUAUAUCGGAUGAUGAAGACCAACAAACGAUUGUUUGGAAAUUAAAUUCAAGAAAACGAGUUUUCAUUUCUAAUCAAGAAGUUUUGAUGAUGUUGAGGCUAUACCAACUUCACCCCUGCUCAUGGAAAAACAUAAUCGGAAAUAUAAAAGAAAAUGUACACCAGCUUCCAUCUGAUGCACAAAAAAUUUAUGAAACAAACACAUUAAAACAACUAAAAGAUCGACUUUGUAAUAAGCUAUCGAAGCUUAUAUCAACUCCAGAAAAAAAUAUUCUGAAUACUGAAAUCAGGACAGAAGUUAAGAAAAUCAAAGAAAUUGAAAAGGGGAAAUCAAAACCAGACAAAAGAAAGCAAGAGCGUGAUUUUCGCGAAGAAAUUGUGGCAGCGAUAUCAUCUGAUGAUGAUCAAACACCAAAUUUAACAAAAGUAAAGGAUAAAAAUGUACAGAUUGAUAAGCAAGUGCGAAAAGAUAAAGAAACAUCGUCACCGCAAUGCUCCGUACAAGAGGAGAAUGGCAAAGGUGAAAAAUCAGCACCCCCGAAAAGCAAGAAGAGGCCUCUGUUGGAACUCGUUAGGGAAAACCACUUGGCUUACAACAGCUUUAUAACUAAAAAAGUUCCGAAGUUAUUAAGAGCAUUGGGAGUUAGUUCCGACGAAGAUAGCAGUUAGCUUUGCUACGUGUUACAUGCAGCUUUCAAUAGAAUAAAAUGUAAAAUCAUUUUGUGUUGUAAUUUAUAUCUAAAUUUAAUGGGCUUUUAGUGUAUGAUUGUAAACUUGGACAUAACAUAUUUAUUUGCCAGAUUAAAAAAGUACAGCAUUUCAAAAAUAAAUACUAGUGUACGGAAUGUCGAAUUUUAGUGCUUUGAUGGUUCCGUACAAUUUAACGAUAAUAGCAAGUCGUAGUAAAUGUUCACCCAA